ACAGCAAAAGCACUAUUCCUCUCAUGUUGAUGUUAGCUGGAACUGUCACGUGGCUCCAACUGUGUCACAACUGCUCUGCUAUGUGACAUAGAGGCAAUAGACAGGACCAAAUCUGUCAUCAUCUGUGGUUUUGCCUUACUAAUCAUGAUGAUUUUACGUUUUCAUUUAAUGUAGUAUUCAUGUUUUUUUGUUUAUUGAACUACAAACAUAAUGACUUAAAAACAAUUGAAAUAAAUUCGAAUACAUAGACUUCCAUAUUUUGCAUAUGCUACAUUAGAUAAAAGUGUACGUUUUUAAUUAAGGCUACACAAACCACGCCACCAAUGCUAUCCUGUCGCGACGUUCCCACCGAACACGUGGUCUCAUUCCAUAAGAGGAGGAGCACGUGGUCGCGCGCCCGCAGCCGCGAGCCAGCACUUCCUGUUUUGGUGCGGACAGUGUCCGGGAAGAAUCGCGGUCUGCCGGACGACGCAAUUUACUGUACAAGUUUUAUAAACCGAUGCAGGUGUGUUGAGCAGAAACUGCUGCUUGAGGUAAUAAACGAGGAGAGUCCCUGCCUGAGAACGGAUUACUGUCACAGGUGAAUUCAGACGCUGGUGACAGCGGAUCCAGACAUAAAUGAUGCCUGGGGAAAACAGAGAGGAUUCUGGGAAGGACUCGGCAGCGAGCAAUGGGGCGGUGUACGAGGAGAGAGAGGUGGAUGAUGUUCUCAGCCCUGAGGACCUGUCGGAGAUGUUGACGGCGGGGACCAAGGAGUCUCACGACAAGGCGGAGAACUCUCCGUUUGUGAAGGACUUCCUCCGGGGACGAAUUUGCAGGGAGAUCUUUAAGCUGGGGUCUGUAGCGCUGUACUACACCUAUAUGGCCAUGGAGGAGGAGAUAGAGCGGAAUAAGGACCAUCCCCAGUUUGCCCCACUCUACUUUCCUACUGAGCUGCACCGGCACCAGGCGCUGGCCCGUGACCUUGAGUAUUUUUACGGGGAAGACUGGGAGCAGACCAUAAGCUGCUCGCCGGCUACACAGCACUACGUGGAGCGCAUCCAUGAGGUGGGCGCCUCCGACCCGGUGCUGCUGGUGGCCCAUGCCUACACGCGCUACAUGGGCGACCUGUCCGGCGGCCAGGUCCUGCGUAAGGUGGCCCAGCGGUCGCUCAAACUGCCCCCCACGGGGGAGGGGCUGAACUUCUACCAGUUCGAUGCCAUCCACAACGCCAAGACCUUCAAGCAGCUGUACCGUAGCCGCAUGAACGAGUUGGACCUGGAUACGGCCACCAAGGAGAGGGUGGUAGCUGAGGCCAACCGGGCCUUCCAGUUCAACAUGGAGGUGUUUGCAGAGCUAGAGGAGGUGCGGAAAACUCUUCCAGACGAUUCUGCUGAUGGGACCGUCCCUGCCCAUGGCGACAUGCAAGGAGACAUUAGCAAGUGCCCCUACUAUGCAGCCAAAAUGGCAGCCUGUGGAGGUACGAGCUACGCCUGUCAAAUGGCCAAGGCGCUGCUCAGACAUCCCACCGGCCAGGUCAUGCUGGCUACCUGGGUGGCGGUUGUCGCCGGAUUGGUCGCUUGGUACUUCAUGUGAUUGGGCGUGGCCAAGUGACAGCCGGUAGAACAUUCGGAAGGUGGAUGGGGAGGUUGAGACUGGGGGCUUUGUGGCUGCUUGGACCCGAAUCCACCAACGACACGCAUUGUCUGCAUGUUCUUGUUCUUUGUGUUUCCAUCCUUGUUUUUAGUCUGUCUGGACAGUGUUGUUUUUUUUCUCGCUGUUUUAUCCCAGCUUAGAUCUUCAGUACCUUACAAAGGAAUGAUCCUUUGUCAAGUUCGUACGGUACCAUUUAGAAAGCGUAGAUUGCUGUGAUUGACAUUUACUAUACACACUUAUUUUUAAGCUGUUGCUCAAAUUCCCAUAAUCAGCAUAAUCAUUUGGAGGAUCUGUCCAUUAGGGUUUGAUUUUUCAUCUUAUCUGUUUUUUUUCUCUAAAUCCCUUUUUUUAAUUAGCUUGAGCUUUCUAAUAAAGCGCAUGCAAUAAAAUGAUCCCGUUAUGACAGCCUAUAGGAACUCGGAUGGGUUCCCUGCUAGCUUGGGAAGCCAGAACAGUCUUAGCUGCAGUACUGCACCAGUCCUGACGAGCUCAUUAUUGCAGACAGUGCUAUGCAUGCACAUCAAUAACUACUCUGUGCUGCUUUUACCAGGAAAAAAUGCAAAGGUAUGAUGUAGGAACCUUUACCACGGACCAGUAGGUAAAACCGCAGGCCGCAUGCCUUUGAAACUGUAGCAUUUGGUGUGUUACACCAAUUUUGGGAUGCCUUGGGAUAAAAUAGGAUUACUACCAGGAAUUUUUCAUCAGGUCAAAUGGAAGCUGUUAAAUAGCAGGAGUGCAUUUAGUUCAUUACUGGCAGCCUGAGUCAGUAUUAGUACCGAGUUGGGCAGUGAUGCACACUGGACCUACAAUCGUUCUGGUUUGGAGUCCUCAAGCCAAGUGGUCGCAAAAUAAGAUUCAUUGAAUUCAGUUGUUGAGUCUGCAAUGUUACAUGUUAUUUUUGGUGGAGUCUGCAGUAUGAUCUAUUUAUUGAAAUGAUCUAGCCUGAAUUGUGACGCGUGGUAUAAGUUCUUGGCAGUAUUAAUGGUAGAUGUCACUGAUGCAAAAGAAUCUUUCUGAUGUUGGGUGGGGAUUCCUUUAGGCUGUUUGUAUUCAAUAUGGCGCUGACCACCUCAGCGUGUAUAAGCUGCGGACAUCUGCCUGUCCAGUCCUGUGAUUAAUCGGUUCAUGUUGUAUUUUAUUGAAAAUUGUUCCGUUUCAUAUGCAAGAGCUUUCUGUGAGGUUUAACUUUUAAUUUAUUUUUGGAAUGUACAAUAAAAAAUGUAUAGAGAUGAUACUCGCAACUAA